GUGACCUCCAUGUGGGAGCUAGAGCUCUAUAAGUAAACACUCCGCGCAGCGCAGACAAGGCUGCUUCCCAUUUGUGAGGCGGGGGCUGCAAUAGCAACCGAGCUUCCGACUGGUUUCGUUUUCCUUCCCUCUCCAGCUCUGUUGGGUGGGCGCACGGUCUAGGAUUCACCGCCGCCUGUGGGGCCCGGCGCCUGGUCAGUCUUCCUCCCUUGUGCGCGCGCUCGCCGGCCAGCCGCUGAGAGCCAGAGCCGCCGGGGAAGCGGCGCGGGCCGGGCGGGGCGCGGCGCCCGGAGCGCAGGGGGAGACAAAGCGGAGCCGGCCCCUUCUCCCGGCGCCGAGAUGUGGAUCCAGGUUCGCACCAUCGACGGCUCACAGACGCGCACCAUUGAGGACGUGUCUCGGAAAGCCACAAUUGAGGAACUGCGCGAGCGGGUGUGGGCGCUGUUCGACGUACGGCCCGAGUGCCAGCGCCUCUUCUACCGGGGCAAGCAGUUGGAAAAUGGAUAUACUUUAUUUGACUAUGAUGUUGGACUUAAUGAUAUAAUUCAGCUACUAGUUCGCCCAGACCCUGACCUUCCUAGCACAUCAAAACAGACUGAUAUACAGGCCAAACCCUAUUCUAAUAGUCCACCUAAAGUAAAGAAAACCCCAAGGGUGGGACCUUCCAGUCAGCCGUCUACAUCAACUCGUGAUUUUCUUAUUGAUCCUGGCAUUGGACUAUAUAAGGUAAAUGAAUUGGUGGAUGCCAGAGAUGUCGCCCUUGGUGCUUGGUUUGAAGCACGUAUACAUAGUGUUACUAGAGCUUCUGAUGGACACUCACGUGGCAAAACUCCACUGAAGAAUGGCAGUUCUUGUAAAAGGACUAAUGGAAAUGUAAAUCAUAAUUCCAAAGAGAACACAAAAAAAUUGGACAAUGUACCCUCUACAUCUAAUUCAGAUUCUGUUGCUGCUGAUGAAGACGUUAUUUAUCAUAUCGAGUAUGAUGAAUAUCCGGAAAGUGGUACUGUAGAAAUAAAUGUCAAGGAUCUUCGACCACGAGCUAGAACCACUUUGAGAUGGAAUGAACUAAAUGUUGGUGAUGUGGUAAUGGUUAAUUACAAUGUAGAAAGUCCUAGUAAUAGAGGAUUUUGGUUUGAUGCAGAAAUCACUACAUUGAAGACAAUCUCAAGGACCAAAAAAGAACUUCGUGUAACUGUUUUCUUGGGGGGUUCUGAAGGAAAAUUAAAUGACUGUCAGAUAAGAUUCAUAAAUGAAAUCUUCAAGAUCGAGAAACCUGGAGCCCAUCCUCUUUCAUUGGCAGAUGGAAAGUUUCUAAGGAAAAAUGACCCUGAAUGUGACUCCUGUGGUGGAGACCCAAAUAAGAAAUGCCGUUCUUGCUCCUGUCAUGUAUGUGGUGGAAAACAGGAACCCAACAUGCAAGUUCUAUGUGAUGAAUGUAACAUGGCCUAUCAUAUUUACUGCCUGAAUCCUCCUUUGGAUAAGGUCCCUGAAGAGGAAUACUGGUAUUGUCCUUCCUGUAAAACUGAUUCUAGUGAAGUUGUAAAGGCUGGUGAAAGGCUCAAGAUGAGUAAAAAGAAAGCCAAGAUGCCAUCAGCUAGUACUGAAAGCCGAAGAGAUUGGGGCAGGGGAAUGGCCUGUGUUGGUCGCACUAGAGAAUGUACUAUUGUUCCUUCCAAUCAUUAUGGACCUAUUCCUGGAGUUCCUGUUGGAUCAACUUGGAGAUUUAGAGUUCAGGUGAGUGAAGCAGGUGUCCAUCGACCCCAUGUUGGUGGAAUUCACGGUCGGAGUAAUGAUGGCGCUUACUCGCUCGUCCUGGCUGGUGGAUUUGCAGAUGAAGUAGACCGAGGUGAUGAAUUCACAUACACUGGGAGUGGUGGUAAAAAUCUUGCUGGUAAUAAAAGAAUUGGAGCACCAUCGGCUGAUCAAACAUUAACAAACAUGAACAGGGCAUUGGCCCUAAACUGUGAUGCUCCAUUGGAUGAUAAAAUUGGAGCAGAGUCUCGGAAUUGGAGAGCUGGUAAGCCAGUCAGAGUGAUACGCAGUUUUAAAGGGAGGAAGAUCAGCAAAUAUGCUCCUGAAGAAGGCAACAGAUAUGAUGGCAUUUAUAAGGUGGUGAAAUACUGGCCAGAGAUUUCAUCAAGCCAUGGAUUCUUGGUUUGGCGCUAUCUUUUAAGGAGAGAUGAUGUUGAACCUGCUCCUUGGACCUCAGAAGGAAUAGAACGGUCAAGGAGACUAUGUCUUCGUUUACAGUAUCCAGUAGGUUACCCUUCUGAUAAGGAAGGGAAGAAGACCAAAGGACAGUCAAAGAAGGCCAGAGGAACCUCAAAAAGGCCAUCUGCAGAUGAUGAUUGUCCAAGUGCCUCCAAAGUCCUCAAACCAUCAGAUUCAGCAGAAGCAGUUGAGGCUUUCCAACUAACCCCUCAGCAGCAACAUCUAAUCAGAGAAGAUCAUCAAAACCAGAAGCUAUGGGAUGAAGUUCUUGCAUCUCUUGUGGAAGGACCAAAUUUUCUGAAAAAAUUGGAACAAUCUUUUAUGUGUGUAUGCUGCCAGGAGCUAGUUUACCAGCCUGUGACAACAGAUUGCCUCCACAAUGUCUGUAAAGAUUGUUUGCAGCGCUCCUUUAAGGCUCAAGUGUUCUCCUGUCCUGCUUGCCGGCAUGAUCUUGGCCAGAAUUACAUCAUGAUUCCCAAUGCGGUUCUGCAGACUCUACUUGACCUUUUCUUCCCUGGCUACAGCAAAGGACGAUGAUUUGUCUACUACUGUGUUGCUCCCCAUGGCUUUUUGGACAAUAAGGAAUCUAAAAUGGUUGGGGGUGGUUGGGAGGGGUGGAAGCAAUGGUGGACCAUAUCUCACGUUCUGAAGCAGCUAAUCCUCUUUCCUACAUAGCCAUCAUCUUGUGUGUGUAGUAAGAGGCCCAUUUCUCAACUGUCUUUUAAAUAUCAAAAGGUAGUUCUUGUCAGUUAACAACUAGUUUUAAUGAGUAAGAAGUCAAAGCCUCAGCUCUAGUUGAUAUCCAAGUUAUGAUUUAUUUUGCAACUACCUCAGGACAGAUUUAUGGGGAUUUUUUAAAUCAUUGAGAAAUUAGUUAAAUGAAAUUUUAGCUACACACUGCCUCCCAAAUAUUAGUUGUGCCUGGUUCAUGUAAUUUGAUUUUAGAAAAGGAAGUGACACUUGAGAUUGUUGGAAUGAACGCAGCUUCUGUAGUGUGCAUAAUACAUUUUUAGUGUCUUCUUCCAUUUCAGUGUGUGUUUUGCAAGAACAGGUUCAUUUUUUAGCCCAUUUUGUGAGCUCCAUUGUGCUUUUUUCUGGUGUUUUAUGCAAGUUGACUACUAAUGAGAACAAUAUGAAUGCAUCGUUGCUGCAUUAGUGUAAUGUGGUGUGGUUUUGCACUUAAAAGAGGUAUUCAGAUGAUCUAGUUGUAAAUUUCAUGAAAAGCCUCUUCUGUACUAGUCAAACUGCUUUUAGUGAGUCUCACCAGUGGUUUUACAUCUGCAGAGCAUUGAGGACUGGGCUGACUUUUUGAGAGGAUUGAAAUUGCUUCAUAUUGUGAUCCUAAAUUUUAUAUUCACUAUAUUCCCUAAAGUAUACCUUAAUAAAUAUUUUAUGAUCAGAAAAAAAA